AUGGUAAUUUCCUCCACUUCCUUCAUUUCCCUACUCUUCACCGCUGCCAUUCUCGCCUCAAACGUAAACGCCACAUCAGCGGAAGAUUCUAGUGGCUUCCAUGGGUACGAGAGGGACGCGCUUUUAUCCCUCAAGGCAGGCUUCAACAGCUCGUUUCUCGACACCAAUUGGACCGGCAUCAUGUGUUACAUGAACGAAACACCGUACUGGCACGGCAUCCAAUGCGUAGACAGUCGAGUUACCGGCGUAAUCUUGGAGAAUAUGGGAAUCUUUGGAGAAAUUAAGGUUGAUGCCUUUGUCAACCUGACUGAACUAUCAAACCUCAGCUUCAAGAACAAUUUCAUCACUGGGAAUCUGAUGGAUUUCGCAACUAAUCCAAAGUUGAGAAAUAUCGACUUAUCCGAAAACAGAUUUCACGGUGAAAUACCGUCAUCUCUUAUAUAUAUAAAUUCCCUUGAAUCCCUUAUUCUUCAUGACAACAAGUUAACCGGUCCGAUUCCGGGAUUCAAUCAAUCCACGUUGAAAACAUUCAACGUGUCCAACAACAAUCUAUCGGGGGCAAUACCAGAAACGAAAACCCUUCAAUCUUUUAGCCCUUCAUCGUACGCUGGUAACGAAUAUCUAUGCGGCCCACCAACUCCAACGCUUUGCAGAUCAAGAAACGAUUUAUCUGAUCAAUUGAAAAGCGAAAACUCGAGCGAAGACAGUAACCACAAUUCACACAUCGAAGCUAUUAUGAUUGUAGUUAACGUAAUCGUGCUAGUAGUCGUUAUCUUCCUACUCAUCAUAUACUAUCUGAAAUACAAGAAGCUCAAGAAAGUGGCGAGGCCGAAAAACAUCUCGCCGAAAGACGAAGAGGAUCGAGAGAGUGAUCAGGUCGUGGAAAAGGGGAAGCUUGUGUUCAUGGAUAACAAUGGUAAUAUUAAUAACCGGGGAAGAUUUGAGCUCGAUGAUCUGUUGAAAGCAUCGGCUGAAGGAUUAGGCAGGGGAAAUUUCGGGAAUUGCUACAAGGCAAUGCUGGAGAUUGGGGAAGCUGUGGUUGUGAAGAAGUUGGUGGAUUUGAAGCCUUUGAGCAGCGACGAAUUUUUCAAACAGGUGACGAGAAUUGCUGGUUUGAAGCAUCCGAAUUUGUUGCCGCUUCUCGGCUGUUACUAUUCGAAAGACGAGAAGCUCUUCUUGUACCGAUUUGCAGCCAAUGGAAAUGUGUACAAUCGACUCCACGGAGGAAGAGGAACAGGUGGCCGAGUCCCCUUCCGGUGGGGGUCACGGCUCGCCGUCGCACGCGGCGUCGCAAGGGCGGUGGAGUACUUGCACCUCAGCGCCGCCAGAUCGCCAACCACCGCCCCACACGGCAACCUGAAACCCUCGAAUGUUCUCCUCGGUGAAAACGAUGACGUUCUGGUCACCGAUUACGGGCUGACCUCGCUUGUCGCCGCCCCCAUCGCCGCCCAGCGGAUGGUAGCCUACAAAACCCCCGAAUACCAAUCAUGUAAGAAAAUUUCGAAAAAAUCCGAUGUCUGGAGCUACGGGAGCCUGCUUCUCGAGCUACUGACCGGGAGAAUUCCGGCGCAUUCGGCGCCGCCGGGGACUGGCGGCAUCGACCUCUGCGGGUGGGUCAACCGGGCGGUGAGGGAGGAGUGGACGGCGGAGAUUUUCGAUCCGGAGAUCGCGGUGCAGAAGGAUGCAAGUAAGGGUAUGCUGAGGCUGCUGCGUGUUGCGAUGAAAUGUUGCGAGAAUUCGCCGGAGAAACGGCCGGAGAUUAGCCAAGUGUUGGCGGAGGUGGAGGAGGUGGAGGUUGCCUUAGAUUCGGAAGACGAUGAGCUUUCGUAUUCGUCGUUGGAUCGAUCUGCGGCGACGAAUGAUUCGUUGUCAGCCACUUCGUCGGUGGUGAUCGCCGAUGAUCGGAGAUGA